GGCAUCCUCUUCGGGAGACUAAGCUGAAGGCCCGCGGUUCUGACCCUUGACCCGCCGUGCCGCCCCGCCCCUCCCCCUUCUUUGUCGUCGCUCGCCAUUGUGGGAGUCGCAGUUUCGGCCAUGCCGUCGCACAAAACCUUCCGGAUCAAGCGCUUUCUCGCCAAGAAGAUGAAGCAGAACCGGCCGAUCCCGCAAUGGAUCCGCAUGAAAACCGGCAACAAGAUCAGAUACAACUCAAAAAGGAGACACUGGAGAAGGACCAAACUGGGCUUGUAAAAAGAUUCACUGCCUCUGGCACAGUGUCGACAGCUUAACACAGAACCAUGUGGGAGAAUAGAAUUGCGGAUCUGAGCUAAUGUUGGCAGAACGACGUUUUCUUUAUUUUCUAUUGUUGAAAAAUAAAGCUAUUGUUGUUUGGCAACUGUAUGUGUGAAUUUUGACUAUUAAAUGUUUUAGUUCUUCA